UUCGCCAAUAGGAAGUAACUACGGUAGAGCUUCGUGUUCAAAAUACUGUCAUCGGAUCAACAACAAAAACAAGCAGAGCGCUUUGCUGAACCUUGUCAUUGUCAGGGGCUGUGGGACACCCCCAGCCCUGACCCACGAGGCCGCAGGUUAAGAGAUCCAUUCCUGGAUGCUGUUUGGCAGGAGGCCCACCAUCAAUGUGCUCCUGUUUGACCUCCAGAUCAAAUGAACUGAUGCUACAUUCACCUAAACACACGCUACUCCUCUGUGUUUGCUCAGCUGAAGGUGUGAGAGUGGGAGGAGAGGUGAGAUGGAGUCAGAGGAGACAGAAGGACGCACUUUAGUGCAGGUGAUCAGUGAGAAGUACAGCCCGGAAAACUUCCCAUACUGCCGUGGGCCAGGAGUUGGAGUGGUGAUCCGGUCGAGUCCCCAGGGUUCACCUGUCAAAGAUCGUCUGAAUCUGCCCAGCAUUCUGGUUCUGGAUGGUUGUGGAAUCACGGAGGCCGGAGAUGAGGAGGAGGUGGCCACUUUCUGUGCUCACGUGGUUGAGCUAGACCUCUCUCACAACCAGUUAAAAGACUGGGGAGAGAUAAGCAAGAUCCUGUGUAACAUCCCUAACCUAGACUUUCUCAAUCUGAGUAUGAAUCCACUGAGAGGGUCAAGUCUAGAGCCUGGAGCUGCUGAAGCGUUCACAGGCCUCCGCCGCCUCGUGCUCAAUAACACACAUGUCACCUGGGAUAUGGUGCAUGCACUUACACGAGAGAUCCCAGAGCUGGAGGAAUUGUUUUUGUGUCUGAACGAGUACGAGAGCGUGAGUGUGUCAUCUACGCUGUGCCUGUCCCUGCGCCUGCUGCAUAUCACAGAUAACCAGCUGCAGGAUUGGGCGGAGGUGCGCAAGCUGGGCCUCAUGUAUCCAGGCCUGAUGUCUCUUAUCCUGGCAAACAACUCCCUCUCGUCUAUCCACGAGCCUGAGGACUCCCUACAGAGACUUUUUCCCAACCUGCGCAGCAUCAACCUACACAACUCAGGUUUAAGUCGCUGGGAGGACAUUGAGAAAUUGAAUUUCUUCCCAAAGCUUCAAGAAGUCAGACUGAUGGGUAUUCCUUUACUGCAGCCCUACACUGAUCAGGAGAGACGUUGUCUUAUGGUAGCACAUUUGCCUCACGUGACUGUAUUGAACGGCAGUGUUGUCACUGAUGGAGAAAGAGAGGAUGCAGAGCGCUUUUUCAUCCGCUACCACCUGGACUGCCCUGAGGAUGAGCUACCCCAAAGGUAUCACACUUUGGUAGCACGCUAUGGCCGCCUAGUCCCACUUGCAGAGGUGGAUUUGCGCCCUCUCUGCCAUGUCCAGGUAGAGGUGCAUUUUGGGCACCAGGCAGAACCCCUAGAGCUCAGAUUGGAUCAGACAGUGACAGACCUAAAGAAGCAGUUGAGGGCCGUGGUCCAGCUACCUCCAAACAAGAUGCGUGUGUACUAUAUCGACCGGCAGCUUGGCUAUGCACUAGAUCCUCAGGAGAUGAAAUAUGGAGCACGAGCACUUCAUUCCUACAGUAUACGAGAUGGAGAUGAAAUCUUGGUGGUGCCCAAGACACAGUGACAGAAAAGAGAGCAACAACUGAGCACUGUUUGGAAAAAAUUACUGGUUUCCAGAGUUAUUGGAAUACCAUCUUCCAAUUAAGGCAAUGUGAAUUCUGUGAACAGAGCACAAAUGAGCAUGCCUUAUGUUUAGGACAAAGAAAAACUGUCAGUCUGGUUUUCCAGCAUCUUCGAUCUUAUUUAAAAAUGGUCCCUAAAAAGAGACAUUGGAUCAGGAUUAAAAAGACCUUUUUAACUUCCACUGCUCUGCGGAUGUAUGUAUACAAGACAAAAAAUGUGUGGACUUUUCUUGUUUUGUGUGUGUGAGACUGCUUCUCAGGAAUUACCCACCACAACCGCAUACAUGCCUCUACUCUAAAGAGUAUUUUACCAUUUAGUAAAGGUGCAGUAUGGAGUAUUUGGCCCUCUAGCAGCUGAGGGGUAAAAGUGCAAGUUACUUGCGGAGGAACAUUAUUUUGGUAAUUAUGUGAGUUGAGCUUCAGCUCAGCUCUUUAGCAUGGAUAAAUAUGAUGGUUUGAGAGGUACCGGUGUACCGGUGUGCAUUUUAUAAGGGCAAAUGUCAUUAUCAAUAUCAAAGCUAGCCCCCUCCUAAAAAAAAGAAGGAAUCUAAAAAGACAGAUAUCCAUGUCUUUUCGAUGUCUUUUGAGCAGGUAACUGUCUUCCCCUGUUGUGGAAGAUGAUUCCUUAUAUGGUUUCAUUUUUGAAUGAUUCAUUGAAUUUAUGUUGCUCAUUAGUUUUGGCCAGACGUCAUGUAGCCACGCAAAGACAAAUUAUGUGAAAGUGACAUUUCCUGCAAAAUCGGAAAGUUCAUAAAUCAGUAUUUUCAACUUACCAUUGUGAAUCGGGGUAACAUCUUCUGACAUCUUGGCUAGAAUUGAAAGAUAUCAAAAUGACUGAAUACUAGUUAAAAAAUAUGUAGAUGCAGACUGUGAAUGCUUAGAGAAGGAGAGACAGGCGCCUUAGGUCUUUUGGCUGCCUGUGCCCUUAACAUAGUGUUAAGGCCAGGAGAUGGAAUGGCGGGAUGGUGGUCUGGCGGGGGGUGGGGGCAUAUAGAAAAUGAACCCUAUACUCCAGCUGUAACACCAGCCACUUCUUUUCUGCUUGAAUUACAGCAGGGUCACCUACAAUCCUGAAGCCUUCUAAAGUUUACACACUUUACAUUCACAAAAGCAGCUCCCCGUAUUAUGACCUCAGACCGACUGCAAUCCCCUAGUCACCUCUCUCACUGGUGGAAAGAGUCUUUGGAUAGGUGCCAUACUCUCACUGAUGUUUAAGACAGAUCAUGUGCUGUUGGAUUUUAAAUCUGCAUUUGAUUAUUAUCAUGCCUAUGUUACAGAGAAGGAAAACCCAAGGGGACC